AUUUUUAUCUAUUUGACGGAAAUAUGCUCUGGAAACUUACCCAAAUAUUUAGAAUGUUUCGAUAUAGCGUUUGUAGUUUCAAAUCAUGAGGUCACAUGACACCUUCCGCAGCAUAUCUAUAGCCCUUUAGAACAGGCUCGGUCCGAGAACAUUUCUUCUGAGGUUAUGUAAUAAACAGAUGCAUCACGCUUCUGUGGCGGCGGUGGAAACAGUUGACGGUGUGGCAAUUAUCCUCAAUUAUAUACGGUCUUUAAAUAAAGAAGAUGUCAUUUUGCUCCUGGUUUGGAGGUGAAAAGUACAGAGAUCAUUUUGAACAUGGUCUGUACGCCUGCUCCGAGUGCGGUCAUCCGCUGUUCCCCAGCGAGGCAAAGUACCAGCACCACACUCCGUGGCCAGCCUUCACCAAGCCUGUGUCUGCAGAUGCCCUGAAAAGGAGGAAGGAGUCGUCAACAGCGUUCAAGGUGUUGUGCGGAAAGUGCGGUAACGGCCUGGGUCACGAGUUCAUCGGAGACGGCCCCAAGGGCGGCUCGCGCUUCUGAAUAUUCUCUCACGCUCUCAAGUUUGUACCUCACAAAGAGGUCAUCAAGCGUGAGGGCGCUGCCAACGGCACCAGCACGGGGUCGGUCUCUGGUGAUGUGAAGAAGCAGUAAGCGGUGAAGAUGUGGAAACUAUCGCGGGGCCGGCCGGUCGGGCGGCGAGAACGGAUAUUGGUGGGCGGACGCUGCCUCAAGAUAAGGCAUGGAUGAAGCAACCAUGGAGUGCUGACUAUCGCACGAAGACUGGACGCAAAUAUUGGUCAUUCGCCUACACACGGAUAUGAAUCCGCGUCAGAAAUGACGUGCUAAUUACUUGAAAUGCAGCCUGCGGUCCACGCUUAUGAAGUCAAAGGUAACCAGAUUUGUCCGUGAUCCGUCACUGGUUCCGACGAAACUGGCAAACCGAAACAAAAACAAAUAGAGAAGCAAAUCGAACAAACAAGCACACAUGACAGACGGCGGUGGCGGCGCCGGGCGGCUCCUGAGUCGGGGUCGGAUGACGCUCAGUAGGCAGACCGCUGCGGCGGACCCACUGGGCCGAGGGUAUACCCCGACCGCGGCGUCCCGGCACCGCUACCGCUGUGACCCGAUCGGUCGGCGCCCGGGGGGGGGGGAGAGGGAGGAGAGAAGUAGGUAGACAGGUAGAGAAGUAGAGAAGGAGGGAGUGAGGGAGGGAGGCAGAGAAUGUUCUACAGAGGGAUUAAGGGCCGUGUUGUGUACUCGUACUUCGUACCUGUGGUGUGGGGACGGGGGAGGGGGCGUUUUGGAACGUCAAGUGAAAUGAGAUGUGUGCCAUCAACGAAGGCGCCUGCUAUGACUCAGUUACCAUGUCACGAUUCUUUUGGUGCGAUGUUCCCGACAUGACGUAUUCAGGUUCAGUGAAUGUUGUUUGUCGCGAUAUAUUUGUUCUAAGUGCUAAACGUCAUUUAUUCGUAAUCCGGCCCAGCUUUGGAGGGACACGGGUAACAGUUUUCAGUUCAAAGUUUCUCGAUACUGAUUGCCCCAGCAUGACAUGCGCCCACGUUCCUCAAGACGCUGAUAUCGCUUUUGUUCGUAUUCAACUCUGGUGCGUUUGACGUCUCUUGUUCAGUUUACUCUACGGAGGCUGAACACCUGAUGUUUUUAGCUCAUGUUACCUACUUUAGGGCGGCACAACGAUAUUUGUCAACGUAUUGCUAUCGCGUCGCACUUCACAGUGUCCCAAACUUUGCUUUUGCGAGACGUGCUCUAUCGUGAACCGCGCAGAUACCUACUGCGGCCUUUAUGCGUGUUCCCGCUCAACACAUGAUAUUGUGGCGCUUAUAAAUGUAUUUUCGCACGAAGAAGCGCGAACGUCAUGUCACAGCCUGCCUUUGUGUCCGGGGCUCAGGCUUUUUAGAGAUGUCCUUGAGACAGAUGGGACGGCUGUUCGUACUUAUACUUAAGUGAAGAAUGAUCUGUGGGGUACAUACGAGUUAUAAAUCACAGUUCUCACGUGUUCUUACGAACACAUCGCUAAUUAAAAAUGCCUAUUUAUGAAGCUCAGGAACGCCGUUUUAUUUUAUCCCGAUCAACUUGUAUCGAUCUUGCCAGCUCGAUGACAUCAAUACAUCCCACAAGCUGGA